AUGACACAAAAGUCUCGAAUUUUGUUGGUUGGUUGUGGAGGAGUUGGUACCAUCGCUGCCCUGAACCUUCAGAGCGGGAACAAGGCCGAGGUCUCCUGUGUUCUGAGAUCAAACUUUGAGAUCGUGAACAAGCAAGGUUUCAUAAUUGAGUCGUGUGAGCAUGGCAACCUUGCAGGGUGGCGGCCAAGUCAGAUCCUGAACAAGGUUCCAGACAUAUCCAAUUUGGAUGAUGCGCUAUUCGACUACAUCGUGUGCUGCACAAAAAACACUCCCGAUAUCAACCCUAUUGGCCAGAUUAUCGCCCCAGCAGUUUCACCCAACCACACUGUCAUUGUUCUCAUUCAAAACGGACUCAAUAUCGAAAAGCCGCUGAUAGCUCAGUUCCCCCAGAACAUGAUUCUAUCAGGCGUUAGUCGCAUUGACGCUCACGAGGUUAGAAAAGGUGUGAUCGAGCAGAAGCAACGAGAUCUGCUUUACAUUGGACCUUUCCCUUCCCAGCCUCACGAUCCAGAAUUACUCCGCAGGACUGCCUUACAUUUUGUCGAUAUCUAUACCGCUGCGGGGAGAACCACCUGUCUCUUUAAGCCUGAUGUUGGAUAUGAUCGCUGGGCGAAAUUGAUCUACAACGCGACACUCAAUCCCGUCUCUGCCCUGGUAGAUCUAAACACCGGGGAGCUUCAGAUGACCAGCGUUAUUACAACCCUGGUUAUUCCAGCCAUGAAUGAAGUCAUGAAGGUGGCGGAGGCUGCGGGUCACAGGCUACCGGAUGGGAUUAUAGAGGAGACUAUUCGCAGUAAUCCUAUCGAGAAGAUGAUCACACCUAGUAUGCAGGUUGACACUCAGAUACGCUCAUACAUUGAGCAUGAAAAUCUGCUUGGGGAGGUUUAUCGCGAGGCUCAGAGACUCGGUGUGAAUGUUCCGAUCCUCUCUACGUUGUAUUCUUUAUGUGUUGCUGUUCAGUGGAGAACCAAGAAGAACAAGGGUCUUAUAGAUUUGAAGAACUAUUAA